AUGAAUCCCGACAAGACAUUUCAGCAGAUAUGGGAGUUUAGGAGUCGUGAGGAUGAUGUUGACUCGUCAAGUGAUGAUUCCAAAUCAAAUUCGAGUCGUGAGCCAGUUCACAAGAAGCAUAAGUUAGUUCUUGAUAUUGUUUUGCCUGAAAAAGAUGAAGUCAAUGAUACUCCAACUAAUCAAGGAAAUAAUAAGCUCCAUACGACCCAGUAUGUGGAAGGUGUCAAAAAGAAUGCAACAUCGAAAAGGAAGAAAAACAUCGUACAAAUCAAGACAAGGGGACAUUCUGUCAAAGAAAAGAAUAAGGGGGAUGGAAAUCUCAGGACCGAAGAGAUGGUAAUGUUGGAUGAUUUUAAGAACUUCACGGAUUCCUUAAUAGGCGAACUUAAAGUUGCAAGAGAGAAAAUGUUUGCACGGAUGAGGGUCGAGAUGAGAAAGUUGAUGCUUACUUCGAGGCCAAAAAAGAAGGAUAUUGAAUGUACUCGGAAGAAUGAAUCCCGGCCUAAGCGUCGAUCUGAGUCACGUAAAAAGAGUAAAACUAAUGUGGCUUCUAAUACAAAUGAAUGUCCGAAAGUUGUUGAAGACGGCGUAAACCACAACCAAGUUCUUGAAGUGACUACAACAAAGGAGCCGAACAAAGGUAAAGGUUCAGGAUUACCUACAAAAAAGGCAGAGGAUUCAGAUCAAAUGAUGUCUUCAUCGUACUUGAGUUUGCCUUCAAAUGAUCAUAUUCAGCCAGCAACAGCCUCGAAUAAACCAAGCUCGGAAAUAGAGGCAGGAGAAUUAUUAAAUGGAAAAAAUCACGUUGGAUUUCCGGGAUUCCAACAGGAAGCACAAAUCAGAAGUUUUUCUCACCUAUGUUCCAAAACUAUGGGUUUCCGUGGCCUACAUUACUCUCAAACAUCGAGCGUUGACAUCGGCUUCCCAUUUCCAAUUCAUCAGGGUGGUCUGGACAAUAGUUCGAAUAUAUCGAAUCAGACUUUUUCCGAGAAUUCAUUCAUGGAUAACAGCAUAGUCUCCACUCGGUCGAACAAUGGCAUCGGGAAAUUUUCUGGGGGAAGUCAUGCAAUGCCAGAAAGCUCUUUGGUCAACAGCAUUAACUGCAAUGGGAAAUAUAAAGCCGAUGGAGAACUUGUGUCGGGGAGAACUCAAGAUCUAAAAGAUGGCCGAUUUUAA